AUGUCAACCUCAAACAAAGCUACCAAUGUUGCUAUUGUCAGUAGAACUGAAACCUGCACCUACUAUAGAAAGCUUAAGCCUAUUGCUAAAUUUAUAAGAAUGAGUGAAAGUAGAAUGGCAGUUAAUGCCUUAUAUAAUUUCUAUGAUUCUGUAGAUUUAGAUAAUAUUGAAAAUAGCAGUAAUGACUUUCUUUAUAAUAUCUAUGAUAUUGAAGAGCUUAUCAAUAUUAAAUUUGGAGAUAGUAAAGAAAAAGAUAAACUGCUUAAAUUCUCUAUAAUAUUAAAACUUGAAAGAAAAUUAGUUUAUAAAGAAAUAAUGUCUUUAGAGGCUGAUCAACAUGAAGAUGCAGAAUUUCAUAAAGUUAUUAACAUAUUACUCUUACCUCUUAAAGCAGGAACAGGAUAUUAUUGGGAGCUCUUGAGUUAA